AUGGAGAAGCAGUUGGAUAUUAUCGCGUCUGAUUUUGCGGCGCUCUACCAUGAGAUGGUUAAACAUCUUGUUCUGACACCACAUGGGCUCAACAUGGAUGCGUUCCAGGCCGUGUUUGACCGCAUGCACGUGGAGUACCUGCACUACGCCGGGUCAAGCACCACGCAACCGUUCUACAUGGAUGUUAUUGAGAAUGUGCUUCAGCUUGCCGCCGCGUAUCUAUCGCUGCCGACAGAUGUGAGCCCCAAUAGUCGCGCAUUUGGUUUGUACCUUGUAUUCUUCCUUUAUUCGACACAGCCAUGCAUCGAGUCGUCACCAGUGAGUGUGCGGAUAGCGCUUGGGACACUGCAGAGCUACUUGGAUGAUAUUGACGAUACUGCGGGGGCACAGCAAACUGUUUUCUCUCAAUUAGGGCGUCGUGUGACGGAAGACGAGAGACGAAUACUUCUCGCCCUCCACCAAGCACGGGCGUGGCAUGUCAUGCCCUUUGUUGACGUCUCAUUGCAUCUGCAGGCAUUACUGAAGGCGCACGAUUCUGAGGGCGUGCCGCUUGUAAUGAGUGCUGCCACCAAGCGGCCGCAAGUUUUAAGUACAGUUAAGACUGAUGGAGCCCUAUCAAAGGAGUUAGAGGCAUACGAAGCGUUGAAGCGGCGCUUGGGCCUUGAUGAUGUCUUCGGGAUGAGAUGA